GUGAUUCUGGUGUCGGUAAAUCAUGCUUGCUGCUUCGAUUUGCAGAUGAUACAUAUACGGAGAGUUAUAUUAGUACUAUUGGUGUUGAUUUUAAAAUCCGAACAAUCGAUCUUGAAGGCAAAACCGUAAAAUUACAAAUUUGGGAUACUGCUGGUCAAGAACGAUUCCGUACAAUCACUUCUUCUUAUUAUCGUGGAGCCCAUGGAAUCAUUGUUGUUUACGAUGUUACUGAUCAAGAUACCUUUGCCAAUGUUAAACAAUGGCUUCAGGAAAUUGACCGUUAUGCUUGUGAAGGUGUUAAUAAAUUGUUGGUUGGAAAUAAGAGCGAUUUGGCGAAUAAAAAAGUAGUAGAUUACACAGUUGCUAAGGAAUUUUCCGAUCAAUUGAAUAUUCCUUUCUUGGAGACUUCGGCGAAGAACGCUACGAAUGUCGAACAAGCUUUCUUGACAAUGGCCAAACAAAUUAAGGACAGGAUGGGCACAACAACUGUCUCUAAUGGAACUCCGAAGCAAACCGUUAAAGUUGGACCCGGUACAUCGGUACCCCAACAACAAAGUGGAGGUUGCUGUUAG